AUGCCUGCACGCACUGAAACAUCUCUCUCGAUCGGCAUCGUUGGGUCUGGCCUCGGCGGCCUCUCUGCCGCCAUUUCUCUCCGUCGAGCCGGUCACCAGGUCACCCUGUACGAACGUUACGACUUCGGCGGUGAAGUUGGGGCGUCUCUGUCUGUCGCUUCGAAUGGCUCUCGCUUCUUGGAAGAAUGGGAUAUCAACAUCCCUGCGGCCAAGCCCGUCAUUCUGAGAAACCUCAUCCGUCACGAUUACUCGACUGGGCAAGUCGAAGGCACAUAUCCCCUAGGGGACUAUCGCGAGCGCUUUGGCACCGACUACAACAACUUUCACCGCAUCGAUUUACACAACCAUCUUAAAGAAGUGGCGCUGUCCAACAGUGGGAAAGGGCGCCCUGCUGUUCUGAAGACAUGGCACAAGGCGUCCAAGCUGGAACCCGAAACGGGACGAAUCACGUUUGAGAAUGGCACAGAGGCAAAGCACGACGCGAUAAUCUGCGCUGACGGUAUUCGAAGCAUAAUGCGUCAGCAACUUGGCAUCAGUCCACAAUUUGUGCCAAGCACGUCUUGCUGUUAUCGCUGCAUCAUUUACGCUGAUAAGCUUCGCGAGUUGGGACUUGAAGAAUUCAUAAACAACGAUGCCAUUGAGUUCUGGGGUGGUGACACAAAGACCAAGAUCGUCCUCUCCGCAUGUAGCGACAACAAUGUUGUUUCAUGCUACUGCUUUUACCCUGCCGAGAAGAACGACCUUAAAGAAGACGGAUGGAACAUCUCGACUACGGGGGAAAACCUUGCGGCUACGUUCCCAGGGUUGGAUCCCAAGCUCAUUACCCUGUUCCUCAACGCUGAGGAUAUCAAGAUGUGGCGACUGUACAACCAUGAUCCUUAUCCCUACUGGACCAAGGGUCGAUGCACUCUGCUAGGAGACGCUGCCCAUCCCAUGAUGCCUGACCAAAGCCAAGGCGCAUGCAUGGCCAUCGAGGAUGCCGGUGCGCUGGGCAUUCUUUUCUCGGAAAAGUACUCUGAUCUGACUGUUGAGGAGCGUUUGAAGCUUUACGAAGCGGAAAGAAAACCACGGGCAACAAGAAUUCAAGAGGCUAGCAAGCGCGCCAGAGAAAACCUCAAUGAGAGAAUUGGAUGGUCGAGUAAGAACACCAAGCCUGGCAUGUUGACGAUUGAUGAGGUAUGCGGUUAUGACAUGCAUUCUCACAUUGCUGGAUUGGUCGCCGAUCUGAAUGCCUCUGCAACCAAGUUUGAAGCCAGCUCCUAA